CAUGUGAGGAAUCCACUGUAAAAAGUUUGAACCUUGGGUUUCUGGCUCUGGAUGUCGGGUUGUUUCUGUUGGUGAGGAUCAAAGCAGAAACCAGCAAUGUCUUCCUUCUCCUAUCAACCUUCAGCAGCUUUCUGCUGAAGGCUCAUUUCAGCUGUGUGAAACCAGACCUUCAUCAGGUCCGGAUCUCUUUUUACAGCGUUGAUCAGCAGGCUUGGCUUGUGCUAAACAAGUGAAAGUAAAAGUAAAUCCGUCUGUAAAGCUGUGACACAGCAGGACACACAGCCAGCAGCAGCUUUGUUUCAGGCUCUCGACCUUCUGCCUAACAUGCUUCACACUUUGAACCCCUGUCAGAAGCAGGAUGGAGGCUUCUGCUUCGAGAACAGCCGCAGGAAUGCAGUUCUGGAGUCCAGUUUGUUGGAGGGGAACUACAAAGCCCCCAGUGCCAGGAAGACGGGGACCACCAUCGCUGGAAUGGUUUAUAAGGAUGGAGUGGUUCUGGGAGCGGACACCAGAGCUACCGACGACAUGGUGGUGGCUGAUAAAAACUGCAUCAAGAUUCAUUACAUCGCUCCAAAGAUCUACUGCUGUGGAGCCGGCGUGGCUGCAGAUGCAGAGAUGGCCACGCAAAUCAUGGCGUCCAAUGUGGAGCUGCACAUGCUCAACACCGGCCGCCCCCCCAUGGUUGCCAUGGUGACCAGACAGCUGAAGCAAAUGCUGUUCAGGUACCAGGGACACAUGGGUUCAUCCGUGAUUGUCGGAGGAGUUGAUGUGACUGGAGCUCACCUGUACAGCGUCUAUCCCCAUGGCUCCUAUGAUAAACUACCUUUCCUGACCAUGGGCUCAGGAGCUGCUGCUGCCGUUUCUGUGUUUGAGGACAGAUUCAAACCAAAUAUGGAGCUGGAGGAUGCCAAACAGCUUGUGAGGGACGCCAUUGUUGCAGGGAUCUUCUGUGACCUGGGCUCAGGCAGCAAUGUGGACUUGUGUAUCAUAACUGAAGGUGGAGCGCAGUUUCUGCGAGGUUAUGACAAGCCCACGGUGAAGGGUCAAAGAGAGGGCCAGUACCGGUAUAAACCUGGAACCACCGCUGUCCUCACCAAAACCGAGACGCCUCUUUCUCUGGAUGUUGUUGGUGAAUCUGUUCAAAUGAUGGACACUGAGUAACACGUCUGGAUCAUAUGUGGUGUGAUAAAAUAAAAUCAGUCAGUACUCUGGAUCA